CAACAUGUAAACGUAAUCUUGAUGUUGAGUAUUGUGUUGCAGGGAGUUUGAUGUUGCAGCUCAUGGACCCGGCGGCUGACCCCUGCGACGAUUUCUACCAGUUCGCUUGCGGCCGGUGGAAUGGAAAGUUUCCCAGCCGGCAAGACAAAGCUGUAGACAACACCUUCGAGCGUCUUAAGGAAGAUUUGGACGAGGUACUGAGAUCACUGCUAGAGGAGCAGCCCCUUGACACGGACAACAACAUCACCCUGGCUGUGAAGACUCUCUACGCUGGAUGUAUGAACACAGAAGCCAUCGAGGCUCUGGACGCCAAGCCGCUACUGGAUCUUCUUCAGGAGCUGGGUGGGUGGCCAGUGCUGGAGGGCGACGCCUGGAACGACACAGGCUACGACUGGGUGCGACAGAUGGCUCGCCUCAGGAACUACAACAACGACAUCCUUAUCUCCGAGUGGGUCGCUGCUGACAUCACUAACUCGUCCAACCACAUCAUACAGCUGGACCAGCCAGAGCUGGGGUUGCCUGGACGAGAGUAUUUCAUCAACCCCGGUGACCAGCAGUACAGAGAAGCCUACCUCAACCUGAUGCUGACGGUCACCCAGAUGCUGGGAGCCUCCGUCGACACAGCGCUCAGGGACAUGUCUGAUGUUCUCCACUUUGAGAAGCAGAUCUCAAGGAUACUGACGGCAGCAGAGGAGAGAAGGAACCUGUCAGCGGUACAUCGGCGCCUCACUCUGCAGCAGCUAGCUACACAGGUACCAGAGCUGGACUGGGAGACCUACCUGGAGACCAUCACCUGGAGGAACAACCACACACAGGAAGUGGGAGUCUUCGGUCUGGACUACUUCAAGAAGCUGGUGAGCCUCGUCAGGGAGACAGACAACAGAACCAUCAGUAACUACCUGUUAUGGCGGUUCGUGAAGAACCGCAUCAGUAACCUGAGCGAGAAAUUCAUCCAGGUGAAGCAGACUUAUAUCAAGGUUCUCUUUGGUCGCAAUAGUCAGCCAGAGCGGUGGCGGUCAUGUGUGACUUACGUUACUGGUAACCUGGGCUACGUUGUUGGUGCCAUGUUUGUGAAGCGUUACUUUCCGGAGGCCAGCAAGAACGAUACACACGAAAUGAUCUCCCUCAUCCGUGACUCCUUCAAGGACGCUCUGGAGGAGGCCCACUGGAUGAACCAGGAGACUCGCUCUGUAGCCCAGGAGAAAGUCGAUACCAUCAUCAAAAACGUGGGAUAUCCUGAGUACCUUCUCAACAACACUUAUAUGGAUACCAUCUACUCUGAGCUGAGCUUCAACCCCGACACGCACUUCGAGAACGUGAUCAAGAUGUUGCAGUUCCACGCGCGCACCAACCAUAACCUUCUGGCCAUCCCCGUCAACCGCACCGCCUGGGUCACCUCCCCCGCCGUCGUCAACGCCUACUACAGCAGGUCCAAGAACAUGAUCGUGUUCCCAGCAGGCAUCCUGCAGCCUCCAUUCUAUCACCCUGCCUUCCCUCGUUCUCUCAACUACGGCGGCAUCGGUGUCGUCAUCGGCCACGAGAUCACUCACGGCUUCGACGACCGAGGGAGACAGUUUGACAAGAACGGCAACCUUCAGCAGUGGUGGACCCCAGAUGACGUCUCCAAGUUCUACCAGCGAGCCUCCUGCAUGCUGGACCAGUAUGGAGAGUACAAGGUGGAUGACGUAGGUCUGAAGAUCAACCCCGUGAACACACUGGGUGAGAACAUCGCUGACAACGCUGGCAUCAAGAUCUCCUACCAGGCGUACCAGAACUGGAGGAAGAACAACGAGGAGACAGUAACAAUGCCCUUUGUCAACCUGAGUCAUGAUCAACUCUUCUUCCUCAACUUCGGUCAGAUCUGGUGCGAGGUCAACAGCCCUGAAGCCAUGCUCACCAAGAUCCGUAGCGGCCAGCACUCACCUAACAGGUUCAGGGUGAUCGGUACGCUCUCAAACUCGGAGGAGUUCAGUCAAGCCUUCAAUUGCCCGGUGGGCAGCAAGAUGAACCCUGAGCGAAAGUGUCGAGUGUGGUGAAGCUCUGAGACAAGUGUCAGGUGUGGUGAAGCUUUACACUGAGCUCAAGUGUCAGGUAUGGUGAAGCUCUGACUGAGACAAUUGUCAGGUAUGGUGAGGCUCCACACUGAUACAAGUGGCAGGUGUAGUGAGGCUCCACACUGAUACAAGUGGCAGGUGUAGUGAGGCUCCACACUGAUACAAGUGUCAGGUGUAGUGAGGCUCCACACUGAUACAAGUGUCAGGUGUAGUGAGGCUCCACACUGAUACAAGUGUCGGGUGUGGUGAGGCUCCACACUGAUACAAGUGUCAGGUGUAGUGAGGCUCCACACUGAUACAAGUGUCAGGUGUGGUGAGGCUCCACACUGAUACAAGUGUCAGGUGUAGUGAGGCUCCACACUGAUACAAGUGUCAGGUGUAGUGAGGCUCCACACUGAUACAAGUGUCGGCUGUGGUGAGGCUCCACACUGAUACAAGUGUCAGGUGUGGUGAGGCUCCACACUAAUACAAGUGUCAGGUGUGGUGAGGCUCCACACGGAUACAAGUGUCAGGUGUGGUGAGGCUCCACACUGAUACAAGUGUCGGGUGUGGUGAGGCUCCACACUGAUACAAGUGUCAGGUGUAGUGAGGCUCCACACUGAUACAAGUGUCGGCUGUGGUGAGGCUCCACACUGAUACAAGUGUCAGGUGUGGUGAGGCUCCACACUAAUACAAGUGUCAGGUGUGGUGAGGCUCCACACGGAUACAAGUGUCAGGUGUGGUGAGGCUCCACACUGAUACAAGUGUCGGGUGUGGUGAGGCUCCACACUGAUACAAGUGUCGGGUGUGGUGAGGCUCCACACUGAUACAAGUGUCGGGUGUGUUGAGGUUCCACAUUGAUACAAGUGUCAGGUGGUGAGGCUCCACACUGAUACAAGUGUCAGGUGUGGUGAGGCUCCACACUGAUAAAAGUGUCGAGUGUGGUGAGGCUCCACACUGAUACAAGUGUCAGGUGUGGUGAGGCUCCACACUGAUACAAGUGUCAGGUGUGGUGAGGCUCCACACUGAUACAAGUGUCGGGUGUGGUGAGGCUCCACACUGAUACAAGUGUCGGGCGUGUUGAGGCUCCACAUUGAUACAAGUGUCAGGUGUGGUGAGGCUGCACACAGAUACAAGUGUUAGGUGUGGUGAGGCUCCACACUGAUACAAGUGUCAGGUGUGGUGAGGCUCCACACUGAUACAAGUGUCAGGUGUGGUGAGGCUCCACACUGAUACAAGUGUCGGGCGUGUUGAGGCUCCACAUUGAUA